GUGUUCAGGCUUGUUAGAUCCGACUUUAUGAGAACAACAUAUUGAGACAAAACUGCAAAAGUAAAAAAUCAAAAUACAAUUUAAAAAAAGUUUUUUUUAACAAGAUUUAAUCAAUAUUUCCUAUUAUAGUAAUUGACUUGAAAACUGCUCAAGUCAAUUUUCCCUAAUAAUAAUUGACUUGAUAAUUUUGAUUAUAAGUACUUUAAAUGUUUAGAAUUAUUUAGUUACGUUAUAGUGCGCAGAAGUAAAGGCUUGUUUUUAAAAAAAUGUACAUUAUUUUUUUUACAAUUGACAUGUAAACAAAUACGCAUUAAAAAUCUUUUCUCGUUGUAAUAUCAGUAUAUAGACCCUUCAAGACCACGAAAAAAAAUGAAACUAUAACAUAAACUAUUUACAUGACAUACUCUUUUAUUUUAAAUACAUUUUCCACAUUUUCCCGACUAAGAGUCGAACGCAUCCGCGGUUUGUAAAAGAUAUCUUAAAACCGUCGUAAUAUCGUAGAAGAGCACCAGUUAAUCAGUAAAAUUAAGACAAAACUUUUAAGGCGGUGAAUUAGUGUUAGAAUAAUAUGUAACGUAUGUGUUUUUACUACAUAGAAACAAUAUAAAAUACAUAAAACUACAUAAAAACACAUACAUUAUAUAUUAUAUAACUACUACUAGUUUUAGCUGGUUUUAGUUCAACGUAAAUAUUCUAUUCUAUAACGAGGAGCGAAGACUAGAGAGUGAAAUUUGAAGAUAUUUUUAUCGUAGGGGAAUGUAUUAUGCACUGUCAAGCGGCAGGGGGUGUGUGGGAUUCUCUAUCCGCAUGGACCCACUUGAGACAAGCAAAAAUCUUAUUAUACAGGCCGGAAUCAAAUCUCAGUGCAAAGUUAAACUUAUACCAUCUUAUUAAUAAAACGAGGACUAAUAUUAGUACCAGGUUUAAACUAUUAUCCGACCGAAAUAAGUCAACACAUCUCAGCUUGACGUUUUCUCUUCUGUCAUUGAUACUUUUCUUUAAAUGGCAAUUCCUUUAAAGUACUAACUUAAGUUCUCAUUUUAUAAUAAGACGGAUUGUAAGACUGUCAAGAUCAUAUAAUGUAAAGAUUAGAAAUUAACCUUGAUAUAUUAAUAUAUUUUACAAACUUUGUUACAGAUAACAAAACAUGGAUGCGGAUUUACGAUGGAUCCUAAAUGAGAAACAAACGAACAGACACAAACACAAAUGGAAGAGCAUUGUAAAGUUAAAAUUUUAAAACGCAAAGUUUCUCGUAUAAUGUGCCAUGUCCUAAUUUUAGUGUGUGCUUUUUUUAAAUAAUGAAUGGCCAGUGAGUUGAAAAGACAUAGUGCUAAAAAAGGGUGUAGAAGUGACGCUCUCAUAAUGAACGAUUAAGGACAGCAUCGGUGAUGGGGUGUGGCCAGAGCAAAAUAAACCUUUACCCGAGAAGAAACAAAAAUGGCGGAAAAGGAAACAGUGCCAAAAAGUCAGGCGCAGCGGACAAGGAAACAGACGAGGAGGAGGGUACGGCUGGGGGCGCUGCCCCUACUGAUGAAACAGAGGAUGACGCAGACCAGAACAAACAUAUCUUGCCUCUAUCACACCCACCUGCCAUGUGAGUCGAUAGAUAACUUCAAUGAAUUUCACAAGCAUUAUUACUUUCACUACUUGUGAGCGUAUUUUCAUCAAUGCUCAGGCAAUCACCAGGCACCAAACAACCGAAAGAAAUAUUGUUAACUUUCGAUUAAAAUGAAAAUGUUUUUAAAUUAUUGUCUUUAAUCAAUGUAGGAUUCACAACGUUAAACUAAUAAAUAUCUCUUAUCAAAAGUAUUUUUAAGCUUUUUUCAUUGAAGAUCUUUGCCAGUAUAGUAUUGUGAAUGCCAAAUUUAUUAGAUACAAUAAUUUAAUAUUAUGUUUAUGAUUUUCUUUUUUUUCAGUGAGGUGUCUGCUAGUCAGCAAGACUUUUUUAAGAUGUUGGACGAAAAAAUUGAAGAGGGCAAAGAUUAUGACUCGUCGAGUGAGACUGAAAUCAGAAUAGAAUAUGAACGUCGAAAAAUACUUAUAGAAAAAUGGCGGUCUGCCUCGCAAUCAACACAAUCAUCUCUUUCUCAACCAAGUCCUCCCACGCCUGCUAGAAGAAGGGUGUCGCGGCCAGUACCGCAACCUCCUGAAAGACAGAACAGCCCUGGUUCUGUGAGAAGAUGUUAUAGACAAGCACAUGUCACGGAAGGCAUGUCACCGCCCCCUAGAAGAGCUCACAGCGCUCAAUCUCACCAUCAACCUGAAUCUCGGCAAAUCAAUGGAGAUAACUGGCACGAUCCAACCAAGUCUCCAGUCAAAAAACCACAAAGUGCCGGCUCCAAUUGGAAAAACAAUCCCAAAGUAGCACCCUACAAUCAAAAGCCAAAGAAAAACGAAGCAAACGAAAAUCAAAGAGCAAUCCAAAAAGACGUAGACAUGACCGGAUCCGGUCAAGAUAUUUCACAAAUUACCUUUAACCCAACAUUCCAAACUCAUAGUCCAGCUCACUCAGCGAAGUCCCAGCAGCAGCCUUAUAUAGCGCAAAUCAUAAGUUACCCGAUGUCACAACAAGUUGCACCUCAGUCGCCCCCUAAAUACAUAGCACCACCGGAGGAAUACCAAGACCCACAAAAUAAUGUCACUGAUAAUAAAUAUGUGAACACCCAAAGACAAACAACGCCGGUCACUCAAGCCAACUCACAGUCUCACAUAUAUUACAUCCAUGGUAAUGCAACUACCACUCAAGUGAACCAAGAUCUAGCUCAGCAAAGACAGCAGACAGCUAUUCACUUGCAGCAGUACGUAGCAAUGAAGCAAGCUCAACAACAGAUGUUCACGUACUUUCAAAGGAGUCCUCAUUCUGUCUAUCCCAAUGUCGACUUUAGUCAAGUUCCAAACCCACAUAGAAUUUAUGAAGGUGGUGAUGAAUUUGUUCCACCUUAUAGUCAUCCAACCGUUAGACCACAUAGUGCACCGACGCCAGUGGGGGUAGUUCGACCUAUGCCGAUGGCACCUGGUUUUAAUGCGAUGCCAGAUGGCUCACAUAUGAUUCAGAUGCCAAUGUGGUCCCAUAUGCCUCCUGUGGUGUCGACUAUGGGGUCGUGGGUGCCUGGGCAAGUACCGCCUGAGAUGCAGUACUACCCUCAAUCACAAUUUGUGCCUAUGUACCGUCCGAACUCUGCGGGAUCCGCUGGAACUCUGACAAGGUACCAGAAAAAAGAUAAUGAUAACGAAGUUAAGGGUAACGUGUGCCAAAGCAUAAAUCUAGUCCGACAGAAGCAGAUCGGCCAGAUUGUUUCAGUACCAGGUCAAGAGUUGACGAUCUGCAACAGCACAAGUGACAGCCCAAGUCCAGCUUCGGUCAGCACCGAUAGUGGUGUUUCCCCGGGAAACAGUGUGCCCAGUUCGAAAAAUUCCGUUUUCAGUACACCUACCGGUGGAACUGAUACUUUCAGCAGUAAUUUAGACACUAAGAACAAGAAAAACAAAUCUGUUCCAUUCACUUCUAGAUCUUUGAAGAAUUCCAAAAGUCUAGAGUCUUAGUAAAACAUUUGUAAUUAUGUAGAUUUUCUAAGUGUACGUAGAGUCUAGUGAAAGAACUAUGUUUAGUGAAAAUUAGAUUCCAAAGUGCUUAUCUUCGUAUUAAUGAGAUUUCAGCGGUAUUUUUUUUAUUGAUUGGUGUUAAAAAUCAAUGUAGAUCAAUUUAAAAUAAUAUUUGUACUUUAUAAAUCAUCGUAUCAUUGACUUUAACAUGGAAUUGUUACCACCUUUUUGUUAAACAUUAUUAAUUUAUAUUUUUUACAAUGCAAUAUUUAUUUUGGAGACGUGUUAUAACUUUGUUAACUCUUAAUAUUUCCAAAAGUGACUUUAAUCAAAUCUAUCUAAAUGUAUGUUUAGAUAAAGACAUAAGAAAUAAAAUUAUUGGUACCUUUAAGUGCCGAAGAUGCAUUUUAAAAUAUUCAAUAAUAUUAAUAUUAAUGAAAUCAUGUGUUUUAUUACCUUUGUUUGUUUAUUUUUUAUGUGCGGUGAGGCGUUUCGUUAUAUAUUGCUUUUUGGUAAGUAAUAGAGUUACAAAUAAAUAAAAUAAUUGCAGCAAUUAGUCUGAACUCUACAAAAAAUCUUAUGUACCAUUCUAGUGCACCCAAUCAAUUUAACCGUAAAACUUUGUGAAAGUAGGUACCUAAUUCAAUUAGGAUAGAAGAG